GCGAAAGCCGAAAUGUUUCCGCGUUGACACGCCAUGUCGAACAUAGACAUGCUCAGCCCGACUGCGGCUAGUCCGCAUGUCACAGCUCCCGGCAGAGCUAGCAGCGUGAUCAGCAGCGCAGUGACGGGCCUCACAAGAGAUGGCUCGGCCGCUUCCGUCUCUCUUGCGCUCCGUAGACUCGUUGACCCAGCAUUCGAGCAGCACGAUCCCCUCAGCCUGCCCAAACUGCUACAAGACGUCGAUAAAGCACUGAGCACCGGCGAGGCUGUCUCACUAGACAGAUGCAUCGAGCAUUUACAGUCUGUCGAGGCGCAUAUGACGUCUAAAGGGUUGGCUACCGUGCCAGAGUCAUUCAACGAGCCGCUUGACGAGCGUAUCGAGGCUAUCGGGAGAGACCUCAAGGAGGCAUUCGCUCAUCGAGAGCGUGUCAGGCUUUCGAACGCAGUGGCAGCAUCGACGCUCAACUUUGCGUUUGGCCGCUAAGUCAGGCUUUCGAGCGUGUCACUCGGUCAACAUUGCCAGCUUGUCCUGUCUUACUGCGUGCGCUCCGCCAGGUAGCCAAACCGCGUUCGAAGACGGCGCGAUCUACUCCGUUGGGUGUGUGUAUGAACGUGACCCCCAAACUGGCGACUUCGGAAUUGCGACUCUCGUCGUCGAAGAAGACCAUCUGCGCAUACGGAAUUUUCGUCUUCUCGUGCAGUUUGCGAAAGUGUGUCAGCUUGCUGCCU